AAAGAUUUCGCGCGAAAACCGUCCAAGGGUUGUUUAGAUGUAGAUCAGCUGGGACAAUAACAACAAUAACGGGUGAUAACGGGGUCGAAACGGCGCUUUCACAAAUGGAUUGCGCCCGUGGUGAGCAGCCAAAGGACCAUCGGCUCCGGUUUUAAAGUAUGCGCUUGUAUUUCGACUGUUUUGUUUCCCUGUAUUUCCACUUUUGUCGGACUGCUUCCUGCGUGCCCCAACAAAACGAGGGAAUAGAAGAACUACGGCUAAUCACUAAAGCUAACAUGCUAAUUUGCCCUAUAUUUUAAUAUUCAACUUUAUCACUGUGCGUUCUUAUGGACUAACGAUCGUUUUGAUAAAUAUACACUCGAAGAUGCUUUUGAGUUACAACGAUGGCCUUUACCUUGUAGAUAUUCUGUAUUGGUAGCUUAGUUCUGUAAGCUGUUUUAAAGUUUUCAUAGCGUCUUAAUUAAGACUUAUAUAUGGGUGUAAGGAGAAAUUAUAUAGUUUUAAAGUUGUGACUUGCUAGUUUCGCGGUUGCACGAGGUUGAUGAACUUUGUUGGUGAGUCAUAAGCUAGCUGGUUAGCUGAGUUGGUAGCGGUGAUAAGGGCAGUGUGGCCAGGCCUCGGUUGUACUCUGCUGACAUAAGACACGAAUACAAAAGACUAGCUUCCAGCCUUGUUAGCUCGCUAAUCUCCCGUUUUUAUCGGUCCCUCGUUUAAUUUGCGACCCCUUCUGUGAUAAUAGAUCAGCGUUUUAGCAUCGAGCCGCAUUGGUAGUAUGCAUUUGGCAACGUUAUUUCAUUUGGCAAAUUUCCUGUUUGGCGGAACGUCCUGUCUUAUUGUUUCACUGUCAGUUUAGAUUUGAUUCAGCUCAUUACUUGCAAUAGUUUUCACUUAAAUUAAAAUUCUAUAGUAAUAGCUUGUCUGUUAAUAGCAAGCAAAGGAGGAACAGUUUGAAAAAUGUCAAAUGGCCAGUAAACUCCUGCAAGCAAACUCAAAAGAGAGUUCUCUUUUGUUUCACAAGUUCACAGACUACAGUAAAUGCCAGUAGGUGCUGACACUCCUUCAAACUGCAUCUUAGUUUGUGACUCCUCAGCACAGCCAUUGUCUAGUGAAGGAGCACUCUGUGACACAGUGCGAUGUCAGAGACUCUGAUAACAGGACAGACAUCUGAGGAUCUGUUGGCAGACUUUGAGACUUUACUGAACUCUGGGAGUAUUGACCUGGGUGAGGACCACCAGAUAGUGAUCAUCACCAGCCCCAGCAAUGAGGGACUCCACCCUGCCACUGCCCCAACUACUACGGGGGAAAUCCUGCUGUUUGCGACGCCACAGGGCCCCGCUGAUGUGGGGGUCCAGGACAAGAGACGACCGACUCUGGGAAGACCUCCGGUUAAGAGAAAACUGGACCUGGAUAGUGACCAUCAGUAUGUCAGCACCACUCGACCGUCGACAGGCCAAGCACCACCUUCCACACCUGCUCCUCCUAGAGUUCCACGAAAUGCAACAGAGAAGUCGCGGUAUGACACCUCCUUGAACCUGACCACCAAGCGCUUUCUAAACCUGUUGUCUCAAUCGGCCGAUGGCGUGGUGGACCUGAACUGGGCCUCUCAGGUCCUGGAUGUCCAGAAGAGACGCAUCUAUGACAUAACCAACGUCCUUGAGGGAAUCCAGCUUAUUUCCAAGAAGUCAAAGAACAACAUCCAGUGGCUUGGUAAUCGAAUUGAUGCAUCCCUGGUGUCCCGUCAUAAGGAGCUACAGAGGGAGGUGUGUGACCUCACAGAGGCUGAGGAGCAGCUGGAUGAGCUCAUUUCCAAAUGUCACCUGCAGCUCCGGCUGCUCACAGAGGACCCACAGAACAAGAAGCUGGGUUAUGUUCGCUGCCAAGACCUAAGGCAGUCAUUCGACUCCCCAGACCAGCUGGUCAUGGUGAUCAGAGCUCCACCAGAGACCCAGAUGCAAGUUUCAGAGCCCAGCGAGGGCUACCAAGUGUCGCUAAAGAGCACAAGAGGUCCAAUCGAUGUCUUCCUUUGUCCAGAAGACAGCUCCGGCGUGUGCAGCCCUGUGACAGGAAGCAGUCCUUCAAAAGCAAACAUUGACCCUACCCAUGUCCCUCCUUCUGCACAAACUGUUGAGCAGCCACAACCCAGAACAUGCACAGCAGCCCAAGAGGUGGCUGUAUCAUCACCAACAUCCACAUCAUCCACGGUGACGGCAGCCUCGCAGCAGGAAUCAUCAUCGCUGGUGUUAGGUGGUGAUACAGAAUCCAUCCUGGAAGGCGACCCCUUCUCCACCCUUGGAGAUAUUGGUGACUUUGACCUCUCACCCCUUUCAUCAUCGGACUUCCUGAACGUUGAGGGCCUUCCUCUCCCAUUGGACAGUUUCAUCAACCUGUCCCCCCCUCACAGUCACGAUUACCACUUCGGCCUGGAGGACCACGAAGGCAUCAGUGAACUGUUUGAUUGUGACUUUGACUUGUCACAUGUUUUGGGGGACGGUUAGCUGAAAAGGAAGAGGAAGCAACUAAUUCUCAAUUUUGGACCUGACCUCUGAAGGAGCGCUGCAAAGCAACAUUUUAUUGAUUUUAUUUGUCAAUAAGCCACAAUUUAUGAUUUAACCGUGAGCUUUGAAAAAAUGUUGUGUGUUGCAAUCCUCAAAAUACCACCCCAACUGCAAAAUCUUGAUUUUCCUAAAUUGUACAGAAUAUUAUCAGCACUUCUAUGUGGCCAUUUUUAAAUUUUAGACCAAGGCCUGGCUUUAGCAUAGCUAUUUAAAUUAUUUAUAUGAAUGUUAUUUUGAUAUUUUGUGAGGUUUUGGAAGUUGUUAAUGUUUUAUCCAAGUGGAUAGUGGAGGUGUUUGUGUGCCUGUGUGAUAUUUGGACUCUUAGGGUUGGUUAAUUUAACACUGAUUCAUGCACAUACCAGAACUGAAGCCUCAGUUUCUGUAAAGGAGGGGAAAAGGUUGCAUCACACAGCUGUCGUAUAGAUUCAGGGAUCAACCUUUUAAAAAGCAUCUUGGAAGUUUGAUGCAGUUUCACACACCUUGACAGGUUUAUUUUAUGAGAAUGGAGCAAAAUGGACUCACCCGAAUAAUUUAAAACACUGGAAUCUUGAAAUACUGGAUCUUACAAUGUUAUUGUCUUUUUGAGACUGUUACAUUGAAGGCUCCAGCCAGGUUUUCAACAUCUUCCACAGUGGAUUAACAGCAUUCUCCCUCCCAAUCACCCAGUAAAAAAUGCUCAAAACAUGUUAACUAAUUUAAGCUGUAUGAACCUUAUUAAGGAACUGAAUUUCUAUGUUAUAGUUUUCUUAACAAAUGGUAACAAAAUUCUUACAAGAUACUAAAAUUUGGUCAGUUUUGGUUUGAAGAGCACAUAUUACCAUUAAAUAAACCUUUCCAUAUUGUUUUUUAAAAUUUUAAGUUCUCCAAAGUAAUUUAAGAUCAUACAACCCAAAGGUAGACACUUUGGUGUGACAUAACGUGGCUCUUAGGGGGGAAAAUCGAGCAAAAUUUGAAGGGUGUUUCUGUCCGAGUGAAGGAAACUAACUGAUAAUGGACGACUGUAGUCAUGCUUGCGGGUAAAAUCUAAUACUGAUCAUGUUCUCUAGUAGUUGAGUAGACCAGUGGUUCCCAACUUGGGGUCCCCCAAAGAGCACAGGGUGUCCCUGAGGCUUUGACCAUUAGCAGCCAUUGUGAUUAAUGUCCACACAUUGUCCCUCUUAAGAAGAAAACGUAAGACUCUGUGUUAAUUUAAUUAACUUAAUUUAACUUUGGCUUUAUCAAAGGACAGAACUACAUUAUUUAUGGUGAGACUCUCACCAUAAAGUAUGGUUUUAGCACAGGUUGGGGCUUUUGGUGUAUGCAUGAAGUGGGAAAUGGGUUGGGAACCACUGGAGUAGGUGAUUAGCCAUAGUCUUAGGUGUCCAGCUCAAAGUCUUAAAGCUUUUUGAUGCAAACACGUAUGAGUGUUAUGUAGUUGGCUUUGGUGUAGGCUUUAACAUGUGUGGGUUUUACAUUUUUAUUUUUCUAUCUCUUUUGGGCAAAAGAGAAGUUCACCAGAGGCCUCCAGACAGAAAUCUCCAAACUCCAAGCAGGUUUUUGAGCUUUUACAUUCAUGGAGACCUCACACGUGUUCAGUGUGAGGUGUGCGUGAUUCUGCGUGAAUCAAAGCGCAGCUGCAUCUUUUUUUUAUUGAGCUGCGCUGGCUUUUGGAAGGAUUAAGUAGAAGUUGUGGACUUGUUAAAGGAAUUCAGAACAGGUUUAUUAUUGUUAUUAUUCAGUAUAUGCACUUCAGAUCAGCUCAGAAAGUUAAUGUUCAUGCCUUAAAUCAAUAAACUAUCAGGUUAAGGAUGGUUCAUCUUAUCUUGGCUUUUAAUGAUCAAUUAGUUUUUCUGCAGUUUUUGCAUCAGGCUUCAUCUACACAUUAUGCACCUUUUUUUUCCCUUCUCAGCUGACAUAAGCAUAAGAUACGUGUUCCUUAGUAUAGCAUGAAAGUGUCCUGCUACCUGUUAUGUAUUGUUGUACAUAAGAAGGAUCAAUUUUUUCUUUCUUGUCUUAAGUUAUGUAAGCUAACAUUUUCACAUUCUUUAAGUGUUGGAUUUUAGUGUGUGGUUUUGUGUGUGUUGUUUUUUCUGUUUAAUAUUUAUUUAAAAGGGGUAUAAAUAGAAAAAAGGUACCUGUAAGUUUCAUUCAUUUUUCUGUCAGGAAAGGACUUUAGUGAUUCCCUACCUACCUACAGAUAAAUGUUCAAAUUUGCCUUUCAGUAGUAAAAAAGUAUUUUUUUAUCAGAAUGUAUAAAAACUUUUUUGCUAUUGUCCUGUUAAAUCAUCGGCUCUGUCAAAACCUUAAAAUUCAGCAUCCAUCAUAAAUGUCAGAAAACAUUUUAACUGACUUAAGAAAGCCAUUAAAACUGGAGGCUUUGAUUCUGCUGCACAGAACCUUGAACUGUUGGUGUCGUUGCCGUUUUUGGUUUUGGUUCCCUGCAGGACUAAUGCAGUGCCUUGCUGAGAAAAGGGUUCAAAUCAAAACUUUUGUGUGUGCUUUGUAGUGAGAGAAUGCAUGGUUUGUGGGUGUUUUGUGUAGGAUUUGUUGGCGUUUUUGUUUGGGAAAGUUUGCACCUUCUGUUUAAAAAAAAAAAAAAAAACAAACAAAAAACUGCAGAUGUUUGGAAUCGGAUUAAAACUCAUGGAUGUUGCUUGUAUUAUGAGAAAAACUGUUUUUUCACAAAUAAGGACUCAGAUUUGUAUUGAAUUUCUUAAACAUAUUUUUGAUUCCGGCUUUAUAACACUAUAAAAUACUAAUUUUUCCAUUUUUUCCCCUCUUUUCUGGCUUCUUUUGGAUACAAACAGGCAAAUGCUAUGACAGGACGUCAUCUUUUUGUCAGUCCUGCUGUAAAGACCCUUUAAUGGAAACUGGUUUAUCUGGAAACCAAAUCCUUUUUUUUUUUUUUUUUUUUUUUUUUUUUUUAGAAAAAAAGUGGCUUUGUAUUUGUAAAUUUCUAAUUGGUCCCAGUAUGCUCUUUUGUAUGAAAUUGUCUUUGACAUAAAUAAAGUGAACUAUUUUGAUUUGA